UCUUUUACUGCGUACAGUUCAUCACGCUCAUUAAUAUCGUAAUAAUCGUGUCGUUCGUCACAGCCGGAAUAAUACACUCUUUCGACUUCCUCCUGCGACGACCACUCUAAUACACUACACUCCUUCCACUGCACCAAGAUUCCUGGAGAACCUAAUCGUCACUCUUUUUUAAAGAUCACGUCCCAGUAUCGAACCUACCCGACGAUAUCACUCUUACCGCAGUUUACUCAACCAAUCCCAUCACCAUGGCCUACUCAAACUCAACCGACUGUGGUUUCUUCGUCGAAUCCGAUGAGCCUCGACAACCUCGAAUCAGCAUGAAGGAUGCGGCAAAGAUGCUAGCCCGAAACAGGCAAGAGAUGAUUGCCAACGAGUUAUCCCGCCUAGCCGGCGACGAGUAUCUCGAGGAUGUCAUGCAGCACAUGAGGCACAUGGAGGACGAGACGCUACCGGAUGCCAAUCUGAUUGACAUGCAGCGAGAGAUCCAAUGGUUCAUGAGGCCUUACCUGAUUGACUUUUUAAUCGAGGCUCAUGCUGCAUUCGCGCUCCUGCCGGAGACCCUGUUUCUGACUGUGAACUUGUUAGAUCGGUACUGUUCAAAGCGAGUGGUGUAUAAGCAGCACUAUCAGUUAGUCGGAUGCGCCGCCCUUCUCAUUGCUGCCAAGUAUGGCGACAAGAAAGAUCGGGUACCCCAAAUCAACGAGCUGAACAAUAUGUGUUGUGGUCUUUACGAUUCGGGAAUGUUCACGCAGAUGGAGAUGCAUGUCCUUAAUACGCUCGAGUGGACUAUCGGACACCCGACUGUCGACUUCUUUACGCAACUUAUCGUCGCCGAGGAAGCCGAUGACCGCGAAGUUGAGCACAUGGCUGCUUAUCUUUGCGAAAUUGCAUUGUACCAUCGAGACUUUGUUUCUACGAAGCCGUCGAUUAUGGCACGUGCCUCGCUCGCUCUCGCACGUGCGAUACUUGGACGACCCGAAGUCAACGACGGCGAAUGGGAUCAUGUGGAGAACGUUACGGUCCUCGCUCUAUCUCAGCACUUGCAUCAGCCAUCAGUUACGUUGUCAAGGAAGUAUUCAUCUCACCACCUCUCUCGCGUCUCUGGAAAGCUUGCCGAGUUUCUUGCACAGCAAGCAGCUAUUUCCCGUCGAGCGCAAGGCCCACCCUCGCCUCCCGCGGAGCCCACUCUGUCAACGCAACACCCCAGCAUAUAUAGCACUCCUCAAAAAGGACACGGUGCCGCCAUUGGUGUCGCGGAUGGAUAUCUGACCCCACCUAUCACGCCCGACGGUGUUAACUUUGGUGUUGUCACAGACCCAAUGAACAAAUAUGUCCCGCCCAGGUGUCCGGUCACUCCUACACCUCAACCUCCCAGUGCGACCGGGUAUCCUCAGCAGCAGCAGCAGCCGCAGCAGCCCCCCGCGCAGCAGUACUCUAACUAUUCAUACGAGGAAUACAGUGGCCCGAUGGUUUCGUGAUGGUUGCCAUAGCUUGGACAGCAUCUACGGAUUCGAAGUAGAUUCACCUUAUCAAUUCUAUCAUACGAACAACAACUCGUUUUUGAGACUUAUCGCAUGGAUGUUU